UUACUUUUGCUUCUACAGUCAAAUCGAAACUAACCAGAGGAAGACUUCAUGUGGUGUAGACUCUGAUCAUUUAACCUCUUUAUAGAAACAUAAACUUCAUCUACAAUAUGCAGUAUAUACAACUUUAAUGCUGUGGUCGCAUUAUUUUCCACGGUUUUCCAAACUUUGGUGAGAGUUCAAAAUGAAAGUCAUUGUGAUUCUGCUAUUAAACUGGAUAACAAGUGUUUCAGUGACCAGAUGUACCGGACGGCAGAUGGAGACAUUCGCUGUGCAGGGUCAGGCUGUGAGGCUGGACUGUGAUACAGACCAGGAGGACACGGAGGACACCUUCACCUACAGCUGGACUAAAGAUAACCACACCAUUAAAUCAAGCCCCCGUUUACAAUUACAGGACAGCUCAUUGUGGCUUUUAAACACAGUGUUAUCAGAUAGCGGUCAUUAUGUUUGCACAAGCACAAAUGGCUCAGAGAGCACAGAAACCAGCAUAUUUCUCUCUGUCGAAAAAGGACAAUGCCCAAGAGCUCCAGAGACCAAACUGGCACUUGAAGGAUCUAACAUUAUUCUGGCCUGUACUGAAGACCCCACUGAGAUUCUGGGGAAGCUAUUGCACAUGGAGUGGUUAAAGGACUGUAAACCUACAGGAAUGGAAGGCAGUAAAAUUAGCCUCCAUGUAUCAAUGAGCAGCGUGGGUAACUACACUUGUAUGGUCAUCUUUGGAUACGAUGGACAAAACUACACUGUCUCUUCUACAAUAGAGCUGGAAGUAGUGAACCGUGGUCCCAUAGAAACGCCUAAAGUAAUAUAUCCGCGUAACCACACUGUGCAUACCAAACCAGGUGUGAAAACCAAGUUGGAGUGUUCUGUGUUCAUUGGUUCAGAAAAGAAUGACAUUGAAGAGUCGCAGGUCUAUUGGAUGGUAGACAAAAAUUUCACGGUGCAAUAUCCACAGCUUCGGGAAAACCUGACUAUAGAAACGAGGGAGGAUAAUCAAAUUUAUGGCACUUCUACACUGUUCAUUGCCAAAGUUCUUCCUGAAUUUUUCGAAGUACCUUUCGAAUGCACUAUUCUGAGCCCAAGAGGAAUGGACAUGGGAGUGGUGUGGCUUAAACACGAGAAGCCAUAUACCAUACAGGCAACACUGACCAUUUUACUGGCCCUCAUAGCAGUUGUUGUUGUGAACAUUGUCCUGUUUGUUUUCUUCAGAACUGAUAUUAUUUUGUGCUAUCGUCAACUAUGUGGCAAAAGCAGAACAGGACAGACGAAGGUGUACAAUGCGUAUGUGUGUUCCUGCCAUGGUAAUACCCCUGGUUCCACAGCAGAGGACUUGGCCCUGAGGAUCUUACCUGAUGUUUUGGAGCAGAAGCAUGACCUCAAGCUGUUCAUACACGGACGAGAUGAUGCAGAGAAUGUUGCGGACAUGGCUGGUGUGUUGAGCCAGAGCAAGGCGGUGUUGCUCAUCCUUCCAGGAUCACGUUCAGCCAAUCAGCAAGAAGAAGAAAGCGCCAUUCCUCUGAAUCCAGGCCAAGAGACACUUGAUGUCUCACACUGCAGUGAACUCUAUUCUGUCAUUGCUCAGUCCAGCGUUCCAGUAAUUGUGGUUGAAGAUGGUGAGAAUGCUGAUUACUCACUGUUGCCGGAAUCCAUCCAGUCUAUUAUUCAGAGGGAUAGAGUGUUGAGGUGGAGCCCUGCAGUGCAACCCAAUGGUCGUUUCUGGAAGCACCUCAGAUAUCAUAUAACCUAAGUCAAAUAAACAUUUUCAGGUACUUGUUAGUACUUUAGAAUCAGUUAACUUUUCAUUAUAACCUUAAAAGUGAAUAGAAUGGAGCUUGACUUUAAGCUUGAAAUGAAAACCUGAAGCCAUACCUGCCCAUUGUGGGUUGAGAUUAUGGUAGGUUUUUUCCCUGGUGCACAUAUUUGUUUCACAUUUAUUUUCAAUUAUUUCGAUUAUUUUGGCAACAAGUCUAGUUUUAAUGUGUUACAUUUGUACUGUAAUUAUUUUUCUAUUAUAUUUGUGCUUCAAGAUUAGGGCUGUACAAUACUGGGACAAAAAUUACAAUUGCAAAAUUGUGUUGUUCUGCAAUAUACAGCUAUGAAAAAAAAUAAGAGACUUAAAAAUCUUUUAAAAAUAUGAGUUUCUUUGAUUUUCCCACAUUAAAAACCUCUGGAAUAUAAUCAAGAGGGAGAUGGAUAAUCACAAGCCAUAAAAACCAAGCUGAAAUUAUCCAAAAGCAUUGUGUAAGACUGGUGGAGAAGAAUAUGCCAAGAUGCAUAUUAAAAAACAGGGUUAUUACACCAAAAAAACUGAUUUAGAAACUGAAGUGGUCUCUUUAUUUUUUUUCCAGAGCAGUAUAUUGCAAAAUUAAAAAUACAGGAAUUUCUACCAAAUUGGGCCAGAAGUCAGAGAUGCUACAUAUCAUGAUACUAAUAAUACAAUCUGUGCAUCAAUGACUGGAGUAAAAUGGUAUUAAAUAGAUAUAAACUGAUAGAUAUUGUCAUGUAAAACAGAAAACGUUUCUUUGUAUUAAACAGCGAAAAACAUUGCAUAUCUUGCACAAACCUGCAAUGUAAUAUCUGUGUUAAAACUACAUAUUGUGCAGCCCUAUUCAAAACUAUUUUUCACAUGACACAUGCAGGACAGUGAAAUGGUUAAAAAAAAUUUUCGUGCAAUACAACUUUUAUACAGCCUUCUUGUUUGUUUUACAUAUACCUAAUAAUUAUUUCUAUUUGUGAAUUUAAUCUGUAAUCUAACAAAUUAAUCUGCAACCAAAUCAAUUUUACAUUAAUAAGAGUA